AUGUCCGACGACGAGGGUAUUUCCAUUUACGACGAGGUCGAGAUCGAGGACAUGACCUUUGAUGAGGCCAUGGGAGUUUACCAGUUCCCUUGUCCUUGUGGCGACAAGUUUCAGAUCACCCUAGAGGACUUGCUAGAUGAGCAGGAUAUCGCUGUCUGCCCCAGCUGCAGUCUCAUGAUCCGAGUUAUAUUUGACUUGGACGAUCUACCAAAGCCUCCCACUUCAGGCGCCUCUGACGGGCAGGUUCCCAUCACCGCCUGA